CACUGCGUAUGACUCUGAACAGCGGGCGAAGGAGAAAGGUGACAUUUUGUUGACGGGCCGCUUUCUGUGUUUCUGUUAAAAUGUCGGCUCUGUGGGGGACAGGGAGAGUUCUCAGAGCAGGAGCGCAGCUGUGUAGACGCGGACCUCGGCUCAGUGUCAUCCGGAAGGCAGGUGGAGGUCCACACAUCGUGGCUCAGUACCGUCAGCCUCCUCAGAUCACUAAACACCAGAAAUUCCGCUCCGAGCUGCUCAGCGGCUUCAUGUGGUUCUGGAUCAUGUGGCACUUCUGGCACGACUCCGACGCCGUAUUCGGUCAUUUUCCGUGGCCAAACACAGACACCUGGACCAACGAGGAGUUGGGAAUUCCUCCUGAUGACGAGUGACAUCAUCAUCAUCAUCGGAUACACCAGUGCUGAGCGGAGUGUGAGAGAGAGUGUGUGUGUGUGUGUGGUGAGGUCUGCGUGGAACCCGCACCGGUAUUAAACCUGGUCCUGACUUCCUGCUGUACAGAGACUCGUUGAGUCUGAUUUCAUUUCCGUACACGUUUAUUUAAAAAUAAAAUGAAACAGAACUCUG